CUCCUUUACGCUGCAUUUUGUUUCUUGUGUCGUUGUUUGAAGGUUGUUUGGCAAGUAUGUCUGGUCGUGGGAAAGGCGGGAAAGGUUUGGGAAAGGGAGGCGCCAAGAGGCAUCGCAAGGUGCUUCGUGACAACAUCCAGGGCAUCACGAAGCCUGCAAUCCGCCGCCUGGCUCGCCGUGGCGGAGUCAAGCGCAUUUCGGGCUUGAUCUACGAGGAGACCCGCGGCGUCUUGAAGGUCUUUCUGGAAAAUGUCAUCCGCGACGCUGUGACUUACACCGAGCAUGCCAAGAGGAAGACUGUGACUGCCAUGGAUGUCGUGUACGCUCUGAAGCGCCAGGGUCGUACUCUGUACGGCUUUGGUGGUUAAUUCUAAAUAUCAAGGCUGCAUCUUAAAGCCAAAGGCCCUUUUAAGGGCCGCCCACCUUUUCAUGAAAAGAGAUUACUUUCGCUUAUUAUUUUUUUUAUGGGUAUACUUAAUUCAAAACUUUAUAGACAGUGGUUUUUGUUACCAGUAAUCUGGGCCGCACUUGCAGAAUAUUUACUAUUUGUAUAACAAUAAGUAUUUUGGUAGUAAGUCUACAUAUUCCAGAAAUAUUUUGUGUGUGGUAUACUAUA